AUGGGAAGCUUGCAAUUCAUCGCGGACGAGGUCGGACUCAAGACGUUGGUCAACGGUGGCCUAGACGUUUACCUCAUUAUCUUCAUGAGAAUGGUGAGGUUAUUGAGUUUCGGUGCUACCUCCUUGAUUUUGGUCAUCUUUCUUAAGGAACUUGGUAUUGAUGAAGCCACCAUUGGCUACUUCAUGACCUUGGCGUUCUUUGGUGACUUGAUUAAGUCCUUCUUGUUUUCAUUGAUUGCGGAUGGUUUGGGCAGAAAGUUCACCUUAACCUUGAGUUCCGCUCUUAUGGCCCUCACCUGCUUCGGUAUCGCCUACUUCGACAACUUCUAUGUUUUGGCUGCUGUUGCUGCAUUGGGUAUCUUGACUCCUGGUGGCGGUGAGGUGGGCCCAUUCAGAUCCAUUGAACAGAGUGCUAUCGCCUCUUUGGUGCCCCACGAUGAGAGAUCUGACAUUUACGCCUGGUACACCUUCUUGGGAACCUUUUCAUCUGCCUUGGGCUCCUUUGUGUGUGGUUCCUUCGUUGACUUGUUGCAGGCCCAAUGGCACUUGACUGCUUUGCAGGCUUACAAGGGCGCUUUCACUGCCUUUGGUGUCUUGUCUGUCAUUUGCCUCCUCUCGUGUCUUUUCUUGACACCAAGAAUGGAGGUGACCCAUAAGCCAAAGCCAUCAGCUGAACAGGCUGCUGGUGAGGCUGCUGCCACUUCUGCUGAAACGCAGGAUGGCCCUGUGGAGUCCAAUGAGACCCUGGAGUUGAUUCCAAAGGCCAAGCCAAAGUGGAGACUCUUCCCCGAGUUGAGCAAAGACAUUUUAUCAAUUGUUCUCAAAUUGUCCUUCCUUUUUGGACUUGACGCUUUCGCUUCCUCCUUGGUUCAAGGCUCGUGGCUCACUUACUAUAUCAAACACAAGUUCGAUGUGAGCUCCACCACCCUCGGUACCAUCUUUUUCAUUACAUUUUUCAUCGCUGGCUUUGCAUCUCUCUUGAGUACCUCAUUCACCAAGAGAUUGGGUCCAGUCGUCACCAUGGUUGUCACUCACUUGCCAGCCUCGGCUAUGUUGAUUUUGCUUCCUCUUCCAAAAUCCUUGUCUGUCACCUUGGCCAUCAUGUUGAUUCGUGCCUCCACUCAGUCCAUGGACGUUGCUCCAAAGCACGUUUUCCUUGCUACCUUGGUGCCUGCUGACUACAGAACUGCCGUGUUCGGCUGGACUAACAUUGUUAAGACAAUGGCACAGAUGUUCGGUCCUUCAAUCGCGGGCUACUUGACCGGCGAGGGUGUUCAGUGGAUCACAUUUAUCAUGGCUGGUUCCUUGAAGGUCCUCUACGAUGUCGGUAUUUUGGCCACUUUCUUGUCCUAUAACAGACAUAAGGCUCAUUGA